AUGAACCUGGAAAGAUUACCAAAUGAAGAGAAACUUGGUCUGUGCAGAAAAUAUUACUUGGGCGGAUUUGCAUUUCUGCCAUUCCUGUGGCUUGUCAACGUUGUUUGGUUUUUCCGAGAAGCUUUUGUAAAGCCAGCCUACACUGAACAACUACAGAUAAAAACAUAUGUGAAGCGAUCAGCAGUGGGGUUGCUGUUGUGGGUUGCAGUACUCACCACCUGGAUCACUAUUUACCAGCACUACAGAGCCCAGUGGGGGGAAGUGGGAGACUACCUCUCCUUCACAAUUCCACUGGGCAUUCCUUAG